UUAUUCGAAUUUUCGCGGUCUUUCAGCAAUCGCUUUGAAUGCACCAAACGUCAGAAAAAGGAACUAUCAAAAAAUAUUGCUCCAAGAUGGCAUUAAAGGUAUCUGUCAACAGUUUAUAAAAUAAUUAAACAAUAUCGAAUAUGUUUUGUAUACGGUGCUAUGUAAAUAUUUUAUAAACAAAAAAUUCUAUUUGGAUUUAUAAAGAACGUACUCAUUAGUGCUCAUGUGUAUAUAAAAUAAUCAAUAUAUUUUAAUUGAAUAACCCUAUCAGAGGAAAUUUGAUGUUAUAAUUGAUGGAAGCACGCCUUAAAGCUUCACUUUGUCUUCAUUUUUGGCUCGAGAAUUGUGUAAAAAGUGUGUGUUAAUAAAUUUAUUCGAAAAAAGUAUUAAAAAAUAAUUAAGUACAAUUUUUUACUCUAUAUAAUAAUGGAUUGAAUUAUUGAUAAAUAUAUAUAAAGUUUUAUUGGUGUAUGUCGGUGUUGCCUUGGGUACCCCAGGCAACGAACAAUCUGCAUAUCACGUAAACAAACUUGCAAUUAUCUAUUCUUACACUACGUGUAUCGUACCUAAUAUUUAAUCAAUUAUUAAAAAGGAUUCUUCUCGUAUCUUAAUUAUUACUGCUGGUUAAAAUUUAUAAAAAUGACAUCCUUAGAUUUACGGCAGCAAAAAUUAGAGCAACAAAGACAAUUAAUUGCUCAAAAAAUGAAACAAAAAAGACAAACUGGAGCUGGAGGGAUGGUUCAAGCUUCUGGUAUCCAAGGAACUCAACUGAGAAGUCAAUCAGCUAAAUGGGUGACUCCAAUAAAAGAAAUAGGAUCUUUUGAAGGUCCAGUGGCAUUUGUCGAAAAAGGAAAUCUUAACUCUAGCAGUGAAUUAAAACUCCCUCAAUCAGGGUUAGCUGCUGAAAGCAUGUAUAAUCAAGACAUAGAAGCUGACCAAGAUUGUGCUGAUGAAGAAUCAUCACCGUUAGAUAUUCGACUGCCUAUAGAACCUGUUUCUGUUCGAUCACCUCAACGUGUUGCUCCAUCCGAUGGUUCCGAAUCCAGAGUGAUUAUUAAUCGUGAAAAUAAUUCUAAUAGCCCUGAAUUAGAAGGAAAUGUAGAAGGAAAUAUUGAACAGUUUGUUCUGCAGCCAGCAAACAAAAAAAUGCAUUACAAAUGCAGGAUAACAAGAGACAGGAAAGGAAUGGAUCGUGGACUUUAUCCAACUUACUUCUUACAUCUAGAACGAGAUUAUGGUAAAAAGGUAUUUUUAUUAGCUGGUAGAAAGCGAAAAAAGAGUACAACCAGUAAUUAUUUAAUUUCAACUGACCCAACGGAUUUAUCUCGAGGAGCAGACUCUUAUGUUGGGAAGUUACGAUCAAAUUUACUUGGAACACAGUUCACGGUUUAUGAUAAUGGAUAUUCAUUAAUGAAAGAUGAUAAACAUGAAGAUCGGUCGAAUCCACGUCAAGAAUUAGCGGCUGUUGUCUAUGAUACUAAUGUUUUAGGAUUCAAAGGACCUAGAAAAAUGACUGUAAUUAUUCCGGGAAUGACAGCUGAUCAAAAAAGAAUUUCUAUUUGUCCUCGAGAUGAGUCAGAGACUCUUUUAGAAUGUUGGAAAAUGAAAAAUAUGGAUAAUUUAAUAGAAUUACAUAAUAAAACUCCUGUUUGGAAUGAUGAUACCCAGUCUUAUGUACUUAAUUUUCAUGGAAGAGUCACUCAAGCUUCUGUAAAGAAUUUUCAAGUUGUACAUGAUAGUGAUACCGAUUAUGUUGUGAUGCAGUUUGGUCGUGUAGCAGAAGACGUUUUCACGAUGGACUACAGAUUUCCGUUGUGUGCUCUACAAGCCUUUGCCAUUGCUUUAAGUAGUUUUGAUAGUAAACUUGCUUGUGAAUGAAAUUACUUUAAUUUAUACAAUGAUCUUUAUGCUAAUGAAGUUGAUAAAUAACUCAGCGUAAAAAUAUUUACCAAAAUUUUUAAUUUAAAACGUAACAACAAAUUUUAUUACAGUAGGUAUUUGUGUAAAUUUUUAUUUAAACAAUGUUAUAAAAUGACAAAUAAUUUUCGUGAUAUAUUAAUGAAAUUGCGAGACUUUUAAUAUUUGUGUUCAACACGGAAAAAUGAUCUAAAUAUAACGAUAAAAUAUUAACUAACAAUCAUAAAUACUUUUAUCAGGAAAUUUGGAGGAAUAGUCACUUAAUUUGCCAUUAGUAUUGCAAAAUUGAUUGAUCAUACUAUGAACAAAAUACUAGUAUUAAUCAUGAAAACUUUCAAAAUUAAUUUGAGUCGUGGAAGUUGCAAAAUACUGUAGUCAAUAACUAGAAAAUAUAUAAAUGUAAUUUUUAUGUUAGAUAUCGGUCUAUUAAAUGUAAUUAAUUUGC